UAACUGCUACCCUGCUGGAAGAAUAAUUCAACGUUUAAAAAUACUUUAUUAUUUGAAAAGAAAAGAUAAAGAGGUAUCAGGAAAGAGAAAGAACUAGAAAUGUUUUUCGCACCAGCUUUUAUCGUCGGUGUUGUUGCACUAGCAGUAAAUGCAAGACCAUAUGGUCAUGGAUUUGGACCACAUAGUUACGGCUAUGGUGGAGGUCAUGGCCAUGAAGCUGCAGGAUACGGAGGCGGACAUCACGCCAGCGCAGGAUAUGGAGGAAACUUCGGAGGAGGCCACCAUGGAGGUGCAUACGGAGCUGCUGGACACCAUGUUGGAGGACACGGAGGUGCAUAUGGAGGACACCACGAAGACCAUGGUGAGGACAUCAAAGUAGAAACUCACGGAAUACAUCACAUUGGAUCGCAUGGAGGUAUCCACCGUGAACAUGGAGGUGCUGGUGGUGGUCACCAGGGAGCAUAUGGAGCUUUCGGACACCAUGGUCAAGGAGGCUACGGAGGUCAAUAUGGAGGUCAUCAUGGUGCUGCUGGUCAUCAUGGCGGCGGUCAUCACGGUGGACACGGAUGGGCUGAUGGAUACGUCCAUACUCCAUGCCAUACUCCAUGUCAUACCACACCAUGUUGUGGAGGUUGCGGUUGCGGUGGACACGGUGCGCUUGAUGGAGUCCAUGUUUACAAGAAACAUUCGUUAAAAACAAAGAAAACGAAGAAAGUAAAGACUGUCAAAGCUGCCGCUCAAGAUGGUGAUGAUGAUGCACCAGAACAAGAAGAGGAGAAGGUAACCCAACAAGAGAACAAAAAAGCUGACGGAGAUGAAGAUGAAACUCCAGAUAGUGAUGAUGCCGAUGCUGCAGAAACUACUGCUAAGAACAAGGACGAUGAUGAUGAAGAUGAUGAUGCCAAAGAGGCCGAAGAUAAGAGCGCUAAGAAAUCCACCAUGGAAAAAAAUGGCCUUGCAGCUCCACAUGAUGAGGGUGAUGACGACAAAAAGAACGGAAAGCAAGCUAUGAAACACGAUGAGGAAGAAGACGACAAAAAGAAACUUGGAAAGCAAACUGCCAUGAAACAAGAUGAUGAUGAUGAUGAGGAAAAGAAGAAGAAACUCGCAAAACAAGCACUAAAACACGAUGAAGAUGAUGAUGAUAAAAAGCAAGCAGGUAAACAGGCUGCUUUCAAACAAGAAGAUGAGGAUGACGAUAAAAAGAAACUAGGAAAACAAACAGCUAUGAAACAAGAUGAUGACGAUGAAGAAAAAAAGAAACUCGGAAAACAAUCUGCUAUGAAACAUGAUGAAGAUGAUGAUGACAAAAAGAAACUUGGAAAACAAACUGCUAUGAAGCAAGAUGAUGACGAUGAAGAAAAAAAGAAACUCGGAAAACAAUCUGCGCUUAAAAUGAAACAAGACGACGAUGAUGAUGACGAUAAGAAGAAAGCCGCCAAACAAUCCGCCUCGCAAGCCGACUCAGCUAGUCAACAAAACGCUGCCCCAAAUGAUGCCAAAUUAGCUGAUGCAGCUACCCCUGGAAACCUUCAAAUGGCUAGUGCCGAGGAGAAAAAAGGUGAUAAGCAAGCUCUAACACAGAACGCUCCUGUCAAUGCUCAAAAUGAUUCUGACGCCAAGAAAUAUCUCUCAACUGCCAAUGCCGCUAUUGAUGUGGCAGCAGAAGCAGUAGUUGACGCCGAGUCAUUAGAAGAUGGCAAAGUCAAAGCCGCUGAUAAUGGCAAAACUAGUGGAGCUGAAACAAGUGGUAUGAAAUACUUAAAAGCUGCCAGUGAUGCUGUAGCAGCUGCCCAUCACGCACUAUCAAAAGCAGCAGAAUUAGGAGGAUUUGGUUCUCUUCCUGAACCAAACUACCAACCAUUAGAAAAAGGAGAAAAAGACACUGGUUUAGCUAAAAAAUAUACUCAAGCGGCAACCGAAGCUGUUAAUGCGGCGGAAAAAGCGUUAGAUAACUUGGCAGCAGUAGGCUACCCUGAAGUUGUUCCACCAAUCAAUGAAGCUAGAAUUACACAAACAAGUGCUAAAAAAGGUGACUUUCCUGCAGCAGAAGACAGUGAAAAUGGUUCAGGCGAUGACACUGGCACUAGAAAAUCAGUAAUUCCAAACAGAACUGACAAACAGGGAGAAUAUAUUGAAGCUGCCAACAGGGCCGUAGAUGAAGCACACGAGGCUUUAGUUAAUGCUGAAAUCAAACUUCCAGAAAAAAGAAGCCUUUAAAAAAUGACCUUCUGAAAUCUCAUGAAAUAGUGUGCAACCUAAUGAGACUUGAAUCGUACCCGUUAAAAAAUCAUUAGCUUUCAAAAAUAACAACAGUUAGAAGACAAAAUCGUUAUUGUGAUUAUUACCACCUGUAAAUUAUUUUUUCCUGAGAAAAUUUAUGUUGUAUUCAUAUUUGAGUACGUAAAAAAAAUGUGCAUUGUUGCAAAAAAUGAAAA